AUGGGUUGUGGAGGCACCAAAUCAGCGAAACCUGAUAGUAAAUUAAACUCGCCUUAAAACUAAUCAAAUUAGGCUGCUUAAUUAGUAAAUUUAGCUCAGGCUCCAAUAUUAUAAGAGACUGAGAAGAUAGAAUCAGAUUAUAUUUUUCAUGUUAUGGAUCCUUUAGUUAGUAAUUUUGUUUGA